CAGGCUGGCUGGCCGGGAGGGCGCGGGCUUCCCCUCUCCGCAGGCCUGUCCGAAAUCCCCCGACGUUCCCUGCGGGGGCUUUGUCCUGCUCCUCCUCGCCUCGCUCCCCCCCGGCCCGGCCGCCUAGAGGAAGGGCGCAGCGGCGGGGCCACCCUCGAGGGAGAAGUUUCGAGUGGGAGCCCCUUGGCGUUGCCAGGCGAAGACGGCCUGGUCGGGCGGUUGGCUUGGAAACCCGGAAUUCGGUGGCUUUCGGAGGAUGCUUUUGGGCCACGCUCACCUACCCAAGUGAAGAGAAGGAGAGGAUGGCUCAGAUUCUCCAGAUGGAGAUCCCCAACUUUGGUAACAGCAUCCUGGAGUGCCUGAACGAGCAGCGAUUGCAGGGCCUGUACUGUGACGUCUCGGUGGUGGUGAAGGGGCAUGCCUUCAAGGCACACCGGGCUGUGCUGGCGGCCAGCAGCUGCUACUUCCGGGACCUUUUCAACAACAGCAAGAGCACGGUGGUGGAGCUUCCUGCUGCUGUGCAGCCCCAGUCCUUCCAGCAGAUCCUCAGCUUCUGCUACACCGGCCGCCUCAGCAUGAACGUAGGCGACCAGUUCCUGCUAAUGUACACGGCUGGGUUCCUGCAGAUCCAGGAGAUCAUGGAGAAGGGGACUGAGUUCUUCUUGAAGGUCAGCUCGCCCAGCUGCGAUUCCCAAGGCUUGCACACCGAAGAGGCACCUUCCUCUGAGCCACAGAGCCCCGUGGCCCAGACCUCCACCUGGCCCUCCGGCAACACCCCCCUGCCCCUGGUCUCUCGCGUAAAGACAGAGCAGCAGGAGUCGGACUCUGUCCAGUGCACAUUUGUGGUUAAGCGGCUCUGGGAAAGCAGCCAGAAGGAAGGGGGAGGCGGAGGCGGAGGUGGAGGCGGCAGUAACGGCAGCCGCAAAAUGGCCAAGAUCUCCUCGCAGCAGGAGCUGAGCGGGGGUAACCGACAGGCGCAGCAACAGCAGCAGCAGCAACAGCAGUCUCAACAGCAGGGGGCGCUAACGGGAGGCAGUGGAGGGGCAGGCGUGGUCAGUGGCCCCAGCACAUCAGACCAGACGAGCCCUGGUACCUCCAGUGCCUACACUAGUGACAGCCCCAGUUCCUACCACAAUGAGGAAGACGAGGAGGAGGACGCUCCUGAGGAGGGCUCUGACGAGCAGUACCGGCAGAUCUGCAACAUGUACACGAUGUACAGCAUGAUGAAUGUAGGCCAGACGGCAGAGAAAGUGGAAGCGCUGCCAGACCAGGUGGCCUCCGAGUCUCGCAACCGGAUACGGGUGCGGCAGGAUUUGGCUUCGCUGCCCGCUGAGCUCAUCAACCAGAUUGGGAACCGGUGCCACCCCAAGUUGUACGAUGAGGGGGACCCAGCUGAGAAGCUGGAACUUGUGACAGGCCUUGUCUCUUUUCCCUGCCUAGGUACCAACGUGUACAUCACCCGGGCACAGCUGAUGAACUGUCAUGUCAGUGCUGGGACACGACACAAAGUGCUUCUCAGACGACUACUAGCAUCUUUCUUUGACCGGAACACCCUUGCCAACAGUUGUGGCACUGGAAUCCGCUCCUCCACCAACGACCCUAGCCGGAAACCCCUCGACAGCCGGGUGCUGCAUGCUGUGAAGUUUUAUUGCCAGAACUUUGCCCCCAACUUCAAGGAGAGCGAGAUGAAUGCAAUUGCUGCUGAUAUGUGCACGAACGCGCGGCGCGUUGUCCGCAAGAGCUGGAUCCCCAAACUGAAACUACUGAUGGCCGAGGGCGACACUUACACCACCUUCAUCAAUGACACUGGCAAGAUGGAGCCAGACAUCAUGGGGGUGGAGCACAGCUUCGAGACGGGCAGCCAUGACGGUGACGCAGGCACCUCCACCGAGGGCCUCCAGUAAAAACAUGCCCAUCUCUUUCCCCCGCCCCCAGUCGAUGGUUUUUAUUUCCUAAUUUGAUUUUUGUAGAAUCGUUUUUCCACCUUUAUUUCAUUUCUUCCCCCCCUCCCCCGCCCGUUGUUGGUUUUUGUUUUUGUUUCGGCAGAGGAGAAAGAGCAUUGUGCCUUCUCCUUUAAAAAUAUAUAUAUACAUAUAUAUAUAUAUUAUUAAACAUGGGCCUUGCUUCCUCAGGCGCCACAGGUAGUACAAGCUCAGAGGGGAGGUCUUGCUGCUGCAUUGGCAGUUCUGGCUGGCAUUUUCUCCCCUGUCCCUUCCCUCUGUCCUUGUUGUGCUAUUAAUUGUUCUUAGAUAUAUAUUUUAGUAGAUUUUUUUUUUUUAAAUACCAAAUCCAUUUGCAAAUGGAGGCCAUGAUCCAGGGAGGUCUUAUCCCAGAGUGCUGCCUCUUUCUUCAUCAGAUCGGGUUCUCUCCAGACAGGGCUCUCUCUGACUUAGACUGAUCAUUGUCAAGCCUUUUCCUCAGGUUCAUACCAGAGAGUGGGAAAAUCCUAGUGCCAUGAUAAAUGCGAACAGGGAAGGGACUGGACCCCAGUGCUGUGCUCAUGUUAUCCUUACUCAUCUUGGCUUCCCUCCACUCUUGCCUAGGUAUGUUCAGGUCUUGCACAGCAUGGCAAUUCCACCCCUGCCGUUCUCAGUACACUCCCUUUUCCUUACUCUUUUCUCUCUCUCUCUCUUUCUCCCCUUCCCUCCCUCCCUCUCAGACAUACCUCUCUCUACUUUUUCUGUCUUCUAUGUACCUUCCCCAUCCGUUCUCUGUCUUGGAGGUUUUGACCAGCCUAGCCUACUGACUGAGAAUGUAUACGGCAAAUCUGUUUGGCAGUGCAGCCCUUCCAUAUUUUGAGUGGCACAGAGUCAUGAAGGGAACAAGGAAGGUUCUCACCCCCGCAAAAAACCCAAAUUAUACAUGCAGGUCUAAUGUAGCUCUGAUACCUCCAAUGUUUCCUAAGCCUAGUGUUCUCUCUGAGGUGUUUAGUUUAAACGUGGGGUGCAAUGUGCAAACUAUUCACUUUUCAGCCAGUCUGUGGAACAAAUAGCAGCACUGCUGAUUGAAAUGCCAACCUUUUCUGCCACUUCAGCUAAAUUGGCUCAAAUGUCACAAGGUUUGGGAAUCAGGUUUUGAAGGAAGAGGAAAGCCAAGGGAGAAAGCAUCGCGUUCUUUUUUCCUAGAAGUGCCAGAAGCUACCCAGUAUGCAAGGCUGCCUUUGGCCUUAGCUCUCCUCCCAGCACCAGGUAAUGAAUCACAGUGUGAAAUUUUGCCUCUUUCUUUCCCCUGCUCCAUUAGUGAUGCUUCCGAGUCAUAUUUGGUGCAUAGCAGAGGAGCCAACUCCUAGGGGCCAAGGUCCCUUCGCUCCCCCCAUAAAAUAUUUGACGUAGCCACACACACACACACCCCGCAAGUUGAUAGGCAUUGUAAUCCAAAUAGUGUGUGUACACUAAGUCAUGUCAUCGAUUAUGCAGGGCAGGGUUUACCUCCCCCCCCCCCCCCGUUUUAUUCAAGUUUGCACCCCUGGUGCAUAAUGAAGAACUCCCAUCUUCGGGUUCAUAGGGACAUUUUGAGAUGGGAAGUACAUUUAAGUGGGAAAGCAAGCACAUUUAGGUUCUACCCUGAUUGCAGCAAAGCUCCUCUCCCUCUUCCUGCAUUUCUAUUUGUAUGGUCUAAGAUAACGACUUUGAAUUACAUUGCGAGAAUCUCUCUCCUGGUUAUUCUUACUAGAAAACAAAGUCUGCAAUUCUCUCAGGAAACGGUUGGCCUUCCUUUGAGCAAAUCAAACUGUGAAAUGAGGCAAUGGGUGGCAAUCUUUUUUUAAAAAAAAGGAAUUACAGCUUUCUAAAGAGGGUGGAAACUCCUGCCCAUGAAUUUCCAAGAGAAUAAACUCCAGAGCAGUAGUUGUCCCUAGUAGCAAAAAGAUGGCAAAUGCUGUGACAUCUUGGAGACUAACUGGCUUAUUAUUUUAAGCUGGGCUGGCUAUCUCAUGUCGACUCAUCGGUCAGUUGAAGCAGGCCUGGUCUGGGGAAAGUCCCGUUUCUCUUAAGGGAAGGCCAGCAGUGGUCGCCAGGGCUCAGGCCACUGUUUCUUUGUGAGGAGGAAGCGAGACUAAGCAGGCCUAGUUACCUCUUGUGAAAUAACUCUCUUAUAAUUUUUAAUAAACUGUUCUAGUGAGUAGUACCAACUCUGUGCUGGUUAUGUUACAGCCAGAGUUGCAACACUCAGAUUCCACCAGUUUUGAUGAUGAGAUCAGUAACAAAAAUUGAACAUGUUGUUAUGAAAAGGGCUCAAAAGCAGCCUAGCAUAUAGUGAGCACUUCGCUCUGAGUGCUCCUAAUUAAGCAUUGGCAGUUACUCCAUGUUGACAAGUGGGCUGGGGUAUAUUUUCACUUGUCGUAGGCAAGCUCAGAGAACACCCUGGUACAUUUAAUUUUGUGGCGCAGGAGGAACAUACCUUGUAGUGGCUGCUUCACCUACUAGUACAAAUCUAUGCUUACUUCUUCACUAAUUUUACUUGUAUUUCUGCACCCAGGAGAGAACAUUUGCAACACUAAGGAUGCAAUCCUAAGCAUACCUAACUGGGAAGUGAGUCCCAUUGAACUGAGUGGGAUAUACUUCUGAGUAGACAUGCACAGGGUUGCACUGCAAAGAUACAUUUUGGGUCUCGAUAUCUUGGUCAGAACUCUCCUUAGGUAACUUGACAAAAUGGCCACCAACCAACUGCAUGACUGAGAAGUUAUGUACAAUAGAGUGUGGCUUUUGAAAUACUAAGAUGGCAUGCAUCCAUUUUGUAUGUCCUACAACAUUGCUUCAUCGUAGAAAGGACUUGGCUUCUACUUCAGGGCAUAUUUUUGGCUUUCUUUUGUUUGCACAGUUGGCAGUCUUAGCUGUUGUUUCUUUAAUGAGUUAUUUGAUACUAAAAGCAGGACAUUUUCCUUUCCUUCCACUGGAGGGAGACAAAGACAGACAUGUGAAUAUGUUAAAAGGAAGUACUGUUUAAAUGAGCACUCAUUUUGCCUUUGGUGGCAGGAGACUGAGCUUAAGUCCAGGAGGCUGGAUGCGUAGCAUUCCCCAUUGGCUCCAUGUUGGCCCAGCACAGUUGCAUUUCUGUGAAAUGGUUGUUUGUUUGUUUGUUUGUUUUUAAAUAAAAAGGGCUGGCAAUAAUCUAAACUUACCGUAGGCAGAUCUACAUUUGAAACCUAAGUCAGGUUUAUACUGCUUUAAAUGAUAUGACUUCUCCAGGGAAAUCAUGGGAAUUGUAUUUUUAUGAAUUUGCUGAGAAUAUUCUUUUUCAAUCUUUCCCAGAAUUGCCAUUCCAGUGCCUCCGUUGGUGGAAACUCAUGAUAAACUGGGUUUAUUUAGUGAUGCAGCCACACGCUAGCUGGUGACUGUGCCAGCAUUUGCACUACGCUUGGAGGAAUGGAUCACAUUUUGCCAAGAUCUGAAAGCAUAAAUUUUGGCAUUGACACAAUUCUGACAUAACACUAAGUUCUCGCUUUCUUUCAGGCCAUUUCUUCUCCUUCCCCACUAGCUGCUUUUAAACAGGAAAGGGUUAUUUUAUCGCCCAGCAUGCCCUAUUUUUCUAUUGCAUUAUAUGGUCAUGUAUGUACUUAAGCUCACUCAUUUUACCCUUGUAUUUUUCCCUGAAGAAGUUGAAGUGAUAGGAAAGUAACAUUUAAAAACAUAGAUAUUCACUACAAAAAAAAAGUGGCAAUCUCAUUCUAAUUUUCUUAAUCUGAUUUCUCAGAUAGUUCUAGAAGGGAAAUUUAAUGAGAUGUCCCUUGAGGAUUGGCCUUGUUCUAAGUCAUGCUGAAUAUGAACAUGGAACAAAAUAAGACAUCAGCUUGGUUGCAAGGCAUCUUUCAACCUAAUCCAAAAAAAAAA